AUGUGCAAGAAACAUCACAUCACUUUCACGGCUAUCUUAACUGGAAUGUUCCACCUCACUCUAGGUGUCUAUAUUCCAGAGUCUUCCUCAACCUCCGCAGCAUUACCCCUCACAUCUCUCACUCCUAGACAAGUAGGCUAA